AUGGCGAGAUUGUCUGCGAAAGGCGAAUCUGAGAGAGAGGCUAUGUUGAAAAAAAGAGAAAAAGACAGAGAGGUUGGAACUGAAGAAAAGUUUCGAAAGAAUGGCAGUAAUGAUGAAAGAGAAAUGCAGCAGCAAAUACCAACUUCAGAAAAGAAGGCCGAAAAGAGAGCUAAUGCAAAGAAGAAAACGCCAAGCACUGCUGUGGUCAGUGCCAACGGUGCCGCAGCUGUUGACGUAUCAGCGGAAUUAUCACACGAUUCGCACAUUGAACAUGAAAAUAAUGGACGAGAAAGAAAAAAUUUUAUGAGAUCUAUUAUGGAAUUCAUCUAUCAUGAUGGUUAUGUAUGUAAUCGUACAAUAAGCGCAUGGAUUAUUACGAUCUUAUAUUUGCUAUGCAUAUACAUUUUUCUUGCGUUACUGGUGACAGGGGGCAUAUAUAUAAUGUUAUACACCACCCGAGAUGCACCAGUGUACUAUGGCGAGACUACUUUCAUUGGUGGUGUGCCAGGCAUUGGCUUUGAACCCCGAAAGCGGAGCAUGAAAAAGAACAAAAUGUUUUCAAAUGGAAUACUAAUGAUCCCUCAUCGUAUGCUUUCUAUGAACGAAGGUUGCGGAGAAUUCUGUAUGGUAAAUCAUUGCGUUAAAUGA